AUACAUUCCUAAGGGCUGCUCCCUUUUUUUUCAGUCACUCCUGGCUGGGAGCCACCUACAGUUCAGAACAGCCUCUGAAAGAGCCAGCACUGAUUGAGCUUUUAGCUCAGUUUCCUCUGUGGCAGAGACAAGAAUCCAGUCUCCAGUUCCUCUUCCAGCUGGAAAGCUGGCUUUCCUUAGAUAACUGGCUGUACAUAUUGUAAACAGGGACCUCGGCGAUGCUGACAAUCAUGGAUACUGACCGAGAAGCUCAUUACUUUCUAGCUUUGAAUUAAGCAAAAGAGGAUUCCGCAGCCCAAGUCCCUAUUUUCUGGAGAGAGACACAAGUGCACGGCAAGCUGCUUGUCAGAGGGGGACAAUGUUUAACUGGCACAAAACCUUUUCUAUCCUGCCGCAUUGGAAGAGAGGAAAGAAAAGUGCCUCACAUGAAGGUGAAGUAGUGCUGACGCACAUGAAAAAACUAAUUAAUGAUUAUGAAAAUGACUCGAUAAGUACUCACAGUAUAAAUGGAGAUCGAUUCGAUCACACAGAUGCGUGUUCUGAUUGUCCGUCUGAUGUUCCGGCCAAAGAAAGUAAUAUAUGUGAACUGCCAGUGUGUGACCCUCUGCAGCAAUUCAAGCGGAUAUACAAGUUUGAGUCAGAGGAUUCUGGGGUUGAAAUACCAAGUGGAGCCAACUCACCUUCUACUCCUAAAGGUUCUGCAAAGAGUUUUGUGAUGCACAGCAGGGAUUCGUCCUGUGAUUCUGGGGUGCUUAGUGCAUCUUCAUCACCCACUGUAGGCCACAUGGAAAUCAGCGCAGGCGCAACUGUAGAUGUUACCCAUACCUUUAUUUCAGAUGUAGAACACGUGGACCACGGUAAAGAAAAUGGUGAUGACAAUGAAAAUAAUGUAGAAGAUUUUAUUGACUGCCAAGAGGAAGAGCUAGAUUUACCGCCAUGUGGUGAGGAACAUGAACCUUCAGCCAUCACUUUGUUUAAUACAGAGCUUUCUUCUACAAUGGAGGAGGAAACCAAAGCCAUGGAUGACUUUUACAAAGACACUUUUGACGAUAUCCAGAAUUUGCAUCAGUUAAAAAGAUGCCAAACAAGUGACAGCCUGGAUGAAUAUAUGGAUGAAUGCUGCAGGCUUAGUGAGGUCAACCAGGGAGCAUCGAAAGCACUUGGAUCAGGUCUUGGAUAUUUGGAACACAUUUGUCAACUAAUAGAAAAAAUUGGACAACUUCAAGAGCACAAUCUAAAACUGCAAAAGCAAAUCUUUACAUUACAGAAGGAAGACAGAGUAAAGCAAAUGAAAGAGGAGUACGUUGGACAGCACUGCUCCUGUGGAGCAGCGAAUAUUUUCCUCAAUCCGUACCAGGAGUCUAAGAAACAUUUUCCUGUAAGGAGGAACCGGCCGCAUAGUAUGUUUGUACUAAGUGGAAACCAAUCUGACCUCUCCAUGAUCCCAGAAAUUGGCAUUAACUCUGAAAAGUUUGGCUACAAAGGAAAUCUUGCACAGACAGAUGGUUGGAAGAGUCCUUCUAUAUUGGGAGUGAGGAAACCCUUUACGAAAUUGAAAUGUGAUGACAAAGAAUAUAAGCAAAUGUGGGAAAGAAAUUGCAGUGACCCCUUAGAACAAGAUAUGAAAAAGCUUGAUCUUCAUCCAUGGGGAAAAGUCAAAGAUUUUCUGAAACUGACAAAAAAUAAGAACCAGAAUAAAUUGGGAUUAUCUUCAGCGUCACUAAAAAGAUCCUGCCCCCAACUAUACAGGCCCGAUAUUUCCCAUGGUGACAUUCAAAGAAGAGACAGAAACUCCAUGAUUGUGUUUGGACAGAAUGUAAGCAGAGAAAACACUUGGUCCAGUCUGUUCGUCUUAAACAGGAAAGAAGAAGAUAUGUGAAUACAGAAGUAUAACAGAAGGAGGAGAUAGAAGACAGAUGUAUAGAAUGUAUCAGCAUGUUUGGCUAGGAAAAGUGUUAUGAUAAUGUGUGUUAUGAAGUUUAUGAUGAUUUUUGUCCUUUCAUAUUGUUAUAUUGGAAGCUUGGUUAUCUGUGAUCUACACUCAUGCUGCUAUUUAUUCUGUAUGUGUGCUCCUAUGAAGUUCUCUCUCUAUUUAUUACCUAUAACCCUUUUUCUAGGAGGACACAUGAAGGCAGAUCACAUAAUUGUAAUACAGCUUAUAAAUGUAGAACAUUAAGUUAAUUAGAAGUGGUGCUAACCCGCCAGCUUCCAGCUACUCCAAUUUUCCUCUGUUCUGAUAAAGUUCUCUGAUUUAUCCUUCCCUAUGAUAAAUCAUGAAUAUUAAGGAUUAUCUGACCUAGUGAAACAGACCAAGAAACCUGCCUGUAGAUU